GCUGCCUCUGUCACAUUCUUGGUCAGAAGACACCAUUUCAGCUUUCAGUCAGCAUGAUAGAAACAUACAGCCAACCUUCCCCCAGAUCCGUGGCUACUGGGCUUCCAGCGAGCAUGAAGAUUUUUAUGUAUUUACUUACUAUCUUUCUUAUCUCCCAGAUGAUUGGGUCUGUGCUUUUUGCUGUGUAUCUUCAUAGAAGAUUGGAUAAGGUAGAAGAGGAAGUAAACCUUCAUGAGGAUUUUGUAUUCAUAAAAAAGCUAAAGAGAUGCAACAAAGGAGAAGGAUCUUUAUCCUUGCUGAACUGUGAAGAGAUGAGAAGGCAAUUUGAAGACCUUGUCAAGGAUAUAACAUUAAACAAAGAAGAGAAAAAAGAAAACAGCUUUGAAAUGCAAAGAGGUGAUGAGGAGCCUCAAGUUGCAGCACAUGUUGUAAGUGAAGCCAACAGCAAUGCAGCAUCUGUUCUACAGUGGGCCAAGAAAGGAUAUUAUACCAUGAAAAGCAAUUUGGUAAUGCUCGAAAACGGGAAACAGCUGACGGUUAAAAGAGAAGGACUCUACUAUGUCUACACCCAAGUCACCUUCUGCUCUAAUCGGGAGCCUUCGAGGCAACGUCCAUUCAUAGUCGGCCUCUGGCUGAAGCCCAGCAGUGGAUCUGAGAGAAUCUUACUCAGGGCGGCAAAUACCCACAGUUCCUCCGAGCUUUGCGAGGAGCAAUCCGUUCACUUGGGUGGAGUGUUUGAAUUACAAGCAGGUGCUUCUCUGUUUGUCAACGUGACUGAAGCAAGCCAAGUGAUCCACCGAGUUGGCUUCUCAUCUUUUGGCUUACUCAAACUCUGAACAGUGCGCUGUCCUAGGCUGCAGCAGGUCUGAUGCUGCCAGUCUUCCCUAUACAGCAAAUCAGUUAGGACCUGCCCUGUGUUGAACUGCCUAUUUAUAACCCUAGGACCCUCCUCAUGGAGAACUAUUUAUUAUGUACCCCAAAGGCACAUAGAGCUGGAAUAAGAGAAUUACAGGGCAGGCAAAAUCCUAAGGGACCCUGCUCCCUAAGAACUUACAAUCUGAAACAGCAAAUCCACUGAUUCAGACAACCAGAAAAGACAAAGCCAUAAUGCACAGAUGACAGAGCUCUGAUGAAACAGCAGAUAACUAACUGAGCACAGUUUUGUUGUUUUAUGGGUGUGUCGUUCAAUGGACAGUGUACCCGACUUACCCGGGAAGAUGCAGAAGGGCAACUGUGAGCCUUAGCUCACAAUCUGUUAUAUUUGACCUGGGCUCCCUGCGGCCCUAGUAGG